UUUAUUUUGUUAGCGUUAAGUUUUCACUGAGCAUUUCAGAAACAGACAAAAGUCUUAUUUAGAGGAAGUCAGUUUUGAACAAAUUACUUAAUAUUCCAAGUUAUGUAGAAUAAGGUCGAAGUGCAGCUGUUAAGAUCUUUAUGAAUGGUUUCUGUUUUUAAACCGUUUCUUCCAGCCACUAUAAACUCUUAUUCUUUGACUUCAUUUACGGUAUUUCUACAUAUUAAAAACACUACAUUUUUUUUGGGAUUUAGCUGAGCAAAGCAAAAAUCAAACCCUGUGGAUUUUUUAUUAGUUCAAUUUUGGAUAUUGAGAACAAAAUAAACGUUAUUUUUUUUCUUUUUUAAACAAAAAACAAACCAUUUCGAACACUGAGAAAUAGCCUUUAAUCUAAGCUUUAUUUGAGAUUAGAACUGAAACUUCUGUGUUUAUUUUGUAUUUUCAUUCAUACACUGAGAACCAAAUGAUACUUUUAUUGUGAAACAUCCUGCACCAUAUACUGUAACACCUCAGACUAAAUCAACUAUGCUCUGAUAAAAAGUUAUAAAAUCUGAUUUUUAAUCCAUUUGUUACACCCCCUGGAUGGAUGGCUCCCUGAGAGUUUGCCUACACUGCCUACACCACGGGCCGGCCCGGCUCCUAGGGUUCUGAAGCUCGUUGAAGCUCCUUUAAACUUUAGGUUUAAAGGGAUUUAUUUACAUAAAAUGAGUCAACGAGUCACUGCUGAUUGGUUAGGUCUCAUUUAGGCCUAAAGGUGAUUGGCUGCUGAGUCUGAGCCAGCUGGAGUCAGGAGCUCCAUCCUGCUUUAAAACACAUCAAGUCAAACCUGUUCGUCUCUGACCUCAUUAUUAUUUAUUAAUUUUUAUUAUUAUAUAUAUAAUUUUCCCCCAGUUUUCAUUAAGGAUGUGUGUUUUCCUGCAGGCUCCAUGUCCUCGGAGUUGAGCUGAACGCCGCAGGGCGAGCGUAACGACAGACGUAAAGCUGAGCGAGCGCUCGUCUGGCUCCAUGUCUGCCCCUGCUCCGGCCAGUCGGAGGUCUACGUCGGGGUCGCGCCGGCGGACGCUGGCUGCUCCCAGCAGCAGAGACCCCUGCUGCAACACCUCCGUCAGCAGCGGCAGCAACUCUGGCUCGUGCAGAGGCAGUGAAUGCAGCCCCAGCAAAGGACGUCAGAAGUACACAUCAUGCACAGACAACCAUGGAAUCCGCCCCCCUCCACCGGAGCAGUACCUCACACCCCUCCAGCAGAAGGAGGUGUGCAUCCGACACCUGCGGGCCAAACUUAAAGAGACCGUCAACACGCUGCAGAACAGGGACACGGAGAUCGACGAGCUGCGCACUCAGCUGUACCGCAUGCAGGAGGACUGGGUGGAGGAGGAGUGUCACCGUGUGGAGGCACAGUUAGCCCUGAAAGAGGCUCGUCGGGAGAUCCAGCAGCUGAAGCAGGCUGUGGACACGGUCCGCGCCAGGCUCAGCGAUGCCGGGGGGAUGAGUGGGGACGUGGGGGUCCAGAAGUACUUCCAGGACAUCAACACUCAGAACCACAAGCUGGAGAACCUGCUGCUCAACAUGGAGCUGGCCCAGGCCGGGUUAGCCAAGGAAGGAGAAGCCAUACCGGGGUGUAGGACUCGCGUUGGGGGUUCUGCACCAGCGUCCGUUUCAGGAGAAAGUCCUGGGGGAGUACCCAGACUGACAGUGGGAGGGAGAGGGUCCUGCUCCUGCGAUGGCUCUCCAGCCCGGUCUUUGACCAGGAGCUCCACCUACACCAAGCUGAGCGAUCAGGCGCUGGCGGACCGCAACGACAACGGGACGGACUUCCCCUGCCUGUCGGGGGACGGCACCCAGGACAGCGGCUUCGUGUGCUGUGGGGAGACCAGCAUCCCCAGCCGGGCCGACCUGCUGCUGGAGGCGGCCUACCUCUCUGAGGAGACGGCCUCUUUGCUGAACUCCUACACUCAGACCUUCUCCCACUCUGUGCCCCACUCUGCUCCCCCCGCUCUGCCUCACUCCUUCUCUCACACCUUACCUCACUCCUUCCCUCGCAUGUCGCACACCCUGCCACACACCCUGCCGCACUCCUCCACCUGCGACAAGCUCUGCGCCGGGGACCGGCUGGCGCCGUACCAUUGCGGUCUGGGCUGCGUGAGCCACCCGUGCCUGUCCCACCACCACCUGUACCUGCACCCCCUGAGGGAGGCGGGCAUUCAGACCGAGAGCUGCCCCAUACCCGCCACCGCUGGGUGCCCCUCAGACCUGGACACCAUCGCGGAGCAACGCACCUUUCGCUCUCAGGCCUGCAGCCCCACUUCCACCUGGAUGUCCGACGACRUGGAGGAGGACCUGGACUCCAUGUCCACCACAACUUCAGUGACGACAGCGACCGUGAUGAGUACGGCUACAGAGCCCAUUCCAGUGUCCAGAAACCCGCUGGUUCCUCCUCUGCCCCGCUCUGCCACAGUGGCAUGCUCCAUGGAGAGCCCGGGGAGCGGGGGGAGGGGCCAAUCUGAGGACCGGAGAGAGACGGAUGAUUCUGUGGCAGAAGAUCAGGUGGAAACAGUUGUGGUUGGUCAAACGGAACCGGACCAGCAGACAGAGAGAGGACUGGAUGGGACGGAUGAAGAACUUCGAGAAGGAGCUGAAGAACCAACAAGAGCGCAAGCAGAGCUUCAGUUUGUUGGAUGCUGUGGAGAACAGACAGAGACGCCGGUCAGAAACCUGAGAGACGAGGACGGACAGCCAGAGCUUGGUUCAUCAGUGGAUCUGAGUCCAGGCCAACAGCCUCAAACCUCCCAACCACCCAGGAGAUCCACGUCCAGCGAGGAAGCCGCCGGCAUCACGGUGGUGGAAGUGGACGACGACGAAGAGAAACCUACAGAACCAGAGGCUGAAGACCCCCCCGGCUCCGGGAACGUUCAGAAAAGCUACUGGAGCCGUCACUUCCUGGUGGACCUGCUGGCGGUGGCCAUCCCCGUGGUGCCGACGGUGGCCUGGUUCUGCCGGGGUCCGGUCCGCGGUGGGCAGCCCAUGUACCACAUCGGCUCGCUGCUCAGAGGCUGUUGCACUGUGGCGCUGCACUCCCUCCGACGGGGAGGCGGGCUGAGGCAUUACCCCGCAGGCGGGGGGGACCUGGGGGGAUUUCAGAUUUAACAGCCCGCCGCCUCAAAUCCUGAACGACUUCACCGCUGCGCAAGAAGAGGAAGAGCGAGAUCCUGUCUCAUUAUUAGAAGUUAUUCACAAAAGGGCAUCUAGGACGUAGAGCUUGGAUUAACUCUGCUCCUCAUCAUCAUCACUGUCGCCAACUAAACCUUUGUCCACUGGCUGCAAACUGAAUGAGCUGCUUGUAACGUAUGAUCGAUGCUUCAAUGUUUAACGGUGAUUGUUUAGAUCGAAAAGCAGGGAAAAUGAUCAUUGAUCUGUCAGUCGUUGGUUAUGACAUGUUACCAUGACUACUGGUGAAUGUGUAUAUACAGUAGAGCUACMACAUGUAGAAACGUUAAGUACAUAUAUUACAAAGUUAGAACAACAAACUGCUUAGUGACCAAUGUUAGUGGAAUAAUCCACUCUAAUCCAAAACUUCAGACACUUUUCACUGAUCUCACAGAACUCAGGUAUGUUCCAAGGGUAGAAACACAGCCAACCCUGAAGGUUUCCUUCAGAAAAACCAAAUCACCUGAGCCGUCUUGUCUUUACGCAGGUAACGUGUGCAGACCUGGUUACAGAUUGUUUUGGUUAGGGCAGGGGUCUGCAAUCUUUACAAUCAAAAGAGCCAUUUCUGCUCCUG